AUGCCUCCGAGAAGGGAUGAUUCCGAAGUUGCACGACUUGUAUCCGAGCAACUCAUGGCUGCACUUCCAAACAUUGUUAGCCAAGUGGCAGCUGGCCUGAAUAAUAAUCAAAACAACAAUCAAGGGUCGAGAAAUAGAGAAUGUACGUACAAAUCCUUUAGGAGUUGUAAUCCGAAGGAAUUUCAUGGGACUGAUGGAGCCGUGGGAUUACUGACUUGGUUAGAGAGCAUGGAGUCUGUGCUCCAUAUUAGCAAAUGUACCGAAGGGAAGAAAGUAGAGUUUGAUGCAUGUCUAUUACAAGGACGAGCAUUAACUUGGUGGAAUACCCAAGUACAAACUCAGGGCCGAGAAGCCACCAACGGUCUUACAUGGGAAAAUUUUAAGAGGAUGAUGAAAGAAGAAUAUUGUCCAAUGAGCGAGAUCCAGAAACUAGAAGCAGAAUUAUGGAAUCACGAAAUGAGAGGAAAUGAUAUAAACUCUUAUACUGCACGUUUUCAUGAGUUGGCAAAAAUGGUACCGCAUCUAGUGACACCUGAAGAGAAUCGAGUUGAUAGAUAUAUUUGGGGAUUAUCUUUGGUGAUACGCGGGGAUGUUACUUCGGCAAACCCAAAAACCCUACAAGAGGCAGUAAGUUCGGCAACCAAACUCACCAACAAUGCUAUUCUUUCGAGAAUGUUUGUAAAAGAUAAGGCUUCAGGGAAGAGAAAGAUGGAGAAACCUGCACGAAGGCAGUCUAGGGGAAGAAUGGGAAAGGCUCUGAAAAUAUCAGGAAACUACGGGAUUCAGACUCAAUCAGCAGAGAAGGAGAAAAGAACUUAUCAAAGGUAUGAGAAGUGCAAUAAACAGCAUGCCGGACGAUGUAUUAUCUGUCAAAAAUGCAACAAAGGAGGUCACUAUGCUAAAGAUUGCAGGAGCACAGGAAGGCGGGCAUGUUUCGAGUGUGGAAGCCCAGAUCACUGUCGGAAUGCAUGUCCACGAUGGAACCAGAGACCGAACACUAAACAAGCACGACCAGCCAACCAAGGGAAUCAAGGAGGUCCGGCAAGAGGCCAAGUGUUUGAGAUUGGAGCUGAGGAAGCAAGGCAGAAUCCAGAUGUAGUUACAGGUACGUUUCUCUUAAAUAAUCAUUACGUAUCUGUACUAUUUGAUUCUGGGGUGGAUAGGAGUUUUGUGUCAUUAGAUUUUAGACCAAAAAUAAAUCUAAGACCUCAAAAGUUGAAAGAAGUAUACAUCAUUGAAUAUGCCAACGGUCAAGAGUGUAAGGCCACAGACGUAAUAAUGGACUGCACUUUAAACUUUACUAGUAGGGAUUUUCGUAUAGAUUUAAUCCCGAUCCAACUAGGAAGUUUUGACAUAAUUGUGGGCAUGGAUUGGUUAUCCAAGAACUGA